AUGGACAGGGACGCCACAUUGCCACCACCAAAUAGGGACUACAAGAAUGCCAUCGACAUUCUCAACACUUGGCGCCGCCCAACUAGACCAAACGCAAGACCAGAUUGCACUGUCCCAGUGCUCGGUGAUGUUCCAAGUCAGGAUGGAAAUCCCGACCUGAGAGGAACUCCAAGCAUAGCCGGUAUGAAAGAAUGGCUUCAUCGUAUCGGCCACUCGAGGGCUGACAUCGACCACCUCAACAUCAUCCACGUCGCCGGCACCAAGGGAAAAGGCAGCACCUGCGCCUUCAUCGAAUCUUUCCUCAGAACUCACGGGAAAAGAACCGGCUUCCCACGCAAGACUGGUCUUUAUACAUCGCCACACCUCAUAUACCCCGAGGAGAGGGUCUGCCUUGAUUUCCAACCCAUAGACCGGAACCGUUUCGCAAGAUACUUCUUUGAGGUGUGGGAUGCCCUGGCUAGAAGCUCAGGCACCUUGCCUCGUUAUCUUCAGCUCCUCGCCCUAGUGUCUUUUCAUACCUUUAUCAGAGAGGAUGUCGAAGCAGCCAUCGUCGAGACUCACCACGGUGGCGAAUAUGACGCUACCAACGUCAUCGCGCACCCCGUCGUGUCCGUCAUCACUCCACUCGGGAUGGACCACGUGAAGCAGUUGGGGCCUACCAUUGAGAACAUUGCCUGGCACAAAGCAGGUAUCUUCAAACACGGAUCCCUUGCACUUUCGUCUCCCCAAGAGGCCUCUGCUGCAGGGAUUCUCCUGGGCCAGUCAUCAGAGAAAGGGGUCAACCUUGAGUUUGUCGAGUUGGACUCGACUCUCCCGGAAGACACAUCACAGCUGAAGCCCGAUGUGCAGCGUACCAACUGCUCUGUUGCACUUGCCGCUGCUGAUCGUUUUCUCCAGGAAAAGAAAGCUGGACCAUUGUCGCCCUCGGAUAAACUGCAGGGCAUAAGUCAGUUUUCUUGGCCGGGGCGGUUCCAGCAUGUGGUAGAGGACAAGUUCAACUGGUUCCUGGACGGUGCGCACAAUGAGAUUAGCGCUGUCAAAGCCGCUGAAUGGUUCAUUGAUAACACGGCUCAAAGGUGCUGUGUCUCAAUGGCUGCUGCCCGUAUCAUGCUAACCCCUAGACAGAACCGCUCCUACGCGUAUCUUGAUCUUUGGUCAAGUCUCGAACCAGAGGAAUGGAGUAUCAGUGCUCAAGCGCUUGGCCAACGUCCUCUGUCGCGUCCAGAUCCACCACGUCAUCUUCACUCUAUACGAUCCAAGGCAGGGGUUCGACAUCGAAUCCACUCCAGAGACCGAUGA